AUGGGUGCUUCUCCGAGUGGAAUCUGUCCAAUGCACAUGCGAAUACCAGUAAACCCUGUGCUACAACCAGGAUGCAAUCGCGAGCGUUUCUCAACUGAGACUCGCCGGAACUAUGAACGUCAGCUGGACGUGGUCAACCGGCGAAUUGCUAAUGGUCAGCCUGUCGAUUCAGAGUCUUUGUACAAAGAUGAUGUGACCAUGCAAUUCUACGUUGCACAGUAUCGCGGUUAUCACUAUAAUAUAGCGAAAUGGGGCGACACACAGCGUCGAGACCAUCGAAAAUCAAGAAAACUAUCUGGUCCUGUAUAUAGUAUGUCAGUCCCGACGACCAACACACGGGAAGAGUCGGCACUUACUUUAAGUGAAAUUUUUCUCGCCUUUCAGGCACCGGCAGCGUGGCGCUAUCCAAAUUAUACUUUCACUAGUCUUGCAGAUCUAGUGCAACAGGCGUACACCAACGACUACGUCAGAUUUCAUCAUAUGAUUCGGUCAGAGGAUCUUAUCUUGAAACCACGAUGGAACCGAGACCGCAAGGCGGAGCGACCUUACUCUGGUGUAGUGUAUGUCUUGCUUCAUCCAAUUGGCGACUAUGCUGCUUCUGAUGCUGCAGAGCAACAGUCACCAAAUCACCUCACAUCACUUAAUUAUAGUGGUCGAGUUCAAAUACCUGUCGUUAUCGCCCCAGAACGAGAAACGUCUUUUCCAGGCUACAUUCCAAAGGACCGGCUCGUCUACCAACAUGUAGCACGAUAUCCAUCGUUUGAACAUGAAUGGCGUCAAAAUUUCUACACAAAAUAUGGAUUAACGGAGAGACUCUAUCAAGAACUGUCGAAGCUAUUAGACAAUCAUCCACCGCAUUCGAAAGAGCGGAUUCAGACAGAAUUACUUUUAGCCGAAUGGUUGUGUUGCUAUCACGGUUUACGGCUGGUAGAGCUAGCGCGUCGCAUUGCUGAAGACGAUUGA